AAAAAGGUCAAGUGUGAAGAUGAAAGGUGGGAGAGAGAUCGCUGAACCUUGAAGCGUUCGUGCAUGCAUACUUCUUCUCUCUAUUUCGUUUGCUUCACUUCAAAAUACAGCUUCUUUUGCAGUAUUCCCCGGUCGUCGGUCGUCGGUCGUCGGUCGCCGGUCGCCGGUCACCGAUCGCCCCUUUUACCACUAAUGAUCACCCAGUUCCAAUAUAUGAAGAUUAACGAGUAGACAGCCGCCAUCCAUCCUGUUUCAAACGUAGAGCUUCUUCUUCUUCUUCAAUAACUUUGAUAAUUCUGGGUUCGUCUAUGGCAUCAAAAACUUGUACAAAUGGAUUGUGCGGGACAACAUCAUCUCCUGAAUGGAAAAAGGGUUGGCCUUUACGGUCUGGGGAGUUCUCCAAUCUGUGCGACAAGUGCGGAUCUUCUUAUGAACAACUAAUAUUUUGUGAAACAUUUCACUCAAAUGAUUCUGGUUGGAGAGAAUGCAGUUUCUGUGGUAAGCGUCUUCAUUGUGGAUGUAUUGCAUCGAGUUCAUUACUAGAGUUAAUGGAUGGUGGUGGAGUAAUCUGUAUUGGAUGUACCAAAGACACCAGACAUCAUUCUUUCCCAAAUGGUGAAGAGCCCAAAGUGGGAAUUAGCCUGAAAGAAUUGCUUCCAUAUUGUAAUAAGGAUACACGUGAUGAUGGUCAAGUGAAAGAGGAAGUUCUUCUGCCUCCAACAAGCAUGAGCUUAUCAGUUGGUUCUUCUCGAAUUGCCAAAGUUAAUUUUGGGAUAAAAGAGAUUUAUGAAUCUCUGGCUCACACAAGCUUGACCAUUGCCUUGGCUUCUCCUUCAACUAAUCCUAAUCCUAAUCCUAAUCCUAGUUCCUUUCAUGGUUUAGUUGAAGAAAGGGUAGCCGAGAAAACAAGUUCUUCCCUUCAACAAGUCCCAAAAUCUCGUCAUAUUUUUCCCAGACUGCCCAAGUCAAUUCUUUCCGCAGAAUUGGAGGCUAAUGCUGGUAUGGCUCAGCCUAUACGCGUGGCUAGGCCACCUGCUGAAGGAAGGGUUAAGAAUCAGUUGCUUCCACGUUAUUGGCCCAGAAUUACAGAUCAAGAAUUGCAGGAGAUAUCUGGAGACUCAAAUUCAACAAUCGUGCCACUGUUCGAGAAGGUUCUUAGUGCUAGUGAUGCUGGUCGAAUUGGUCGAUUGGUUCUUCCUAAAGCUUGUGCUGAAGCGUAUUUUCCGCCUAUCUCUCAACCUGAGGGACUUCCAUUGAGGAUUCAAGAUGUGAAAGGAAAAGAAUGGGUAUUUCAGUUCAGAUUUUGGCCAAAUAAUAACAGCAGAAUGUAUGUUUUGGAGGGCGUAACCCCCUGCAUACAGUCCAUGCAAUUACAAGCUGGAGAUACAGUAACAUUCAGCCGCAUGGAUCCAGAUGGGAAGCUUCUUAUGGGGUUCAGAAGAGCAUCGAAUUCUACAGCUUUACAGACAACGAAAGAGAGCUCUGACCCGCAUAUAAACACAUAUCCAAAACAGUUGAAUUCUGGUGCUGGGGAUUUCAGCUGGCUGGUAAUGGAGAAGCAUGGGACUGAUAUCAGAGAAGGUUUGAUGUCGUCUUUAAUGCAUGUUCCAGAAAGGAAAAGAAGCCGGAAUCUCGGGCCAAAGAGUAAAAGGUUGCUUAUUGAUAGCAUAGAUGCUCUUGAGCUGAAACUAACGUGGGAAGAAGCGCAGGAUAUUCUUCAACCACCAAACAGCUUAAAGCCAACUGUUGUCACUAUUGAUGACAAUGAAUUUGAAGAAUAUGAUGAACCUCCAGUUUUUGGAAAAACAAGCAUUUUUACUGCAUCUAUGUCGGGUGAACAAUGUCAGUGGACACAAUGCGAUGUUUGCUCGAAGUGGAGAAGGGUGUCUGCUGAUAUUCUUCUUCCUCCCAAAUGGACUUGUCUCGAAAACGUUUGGGAUCAAAGCAGGUCCUCAUGCUCCGCUCCUGAUGAACUGGGUCCAAAAGAACUCGAAAUUCUUCUCAGACAGUACAAAGAGUUCAAGAAACGGAGAAUCGCGAUCAGCCAUCGGUUAAUGCAGGAACAAGGUUCACCAGGAGAUCCCUCGGCAGUUAUAGGUGACGAAUCGAGCGAACCAGGAACCACAUUGGUAGCAACAACCACAAAGCAUCCCCGACACAGGCCAGGCUGUUCAUGCAUAGUCUGCAUUCAACCUCCAAGUGGGAAAGGAAAGCACAAACCAACAUGCACGUGCAACGUUUGCAUGACAGUCAAACGUCGUUUCAACACAUUAAUGAUGAGAAAAAAGAAACGCCAAUCUGAUCGCGAAGCAGAGAUUGCCCAAAGAAAUCAGUAUGAUCCCGAAAUAGAAAGUCGUCAGUUAAAUCUACCUCCACCUAACCGAGAAGACCAAUCAGAGGCGGCGGCAGCAGCAGCAGCGGGUGAGAGUAGUGGAAAGGGACGAUUAGAUUUGAAUUCAAAACCAGAAAGAGACAGGCAGGUGGUGAGUAUGAGGAGUCUUCUUGAAGCUGCAAACCAACCUUUGGAGAAUUACUUAAGGCAGAAUGGUCUUUCCAGUUUGGUUUCAGAUCAGCAGCAGCAGCAACAACCGAGUUCAGGAUCAUCACGGUCUGUGCAAGAAGCAAUGGGGGACGAUGAAUGUGUUGUUGGAUCGACUGUGGCGAUUGGCGAAGAACAAGAGAGCGUUGAUAACGAUGAUCUUGAUCGAGCUCGCAGUGAUCCUAAUUGGUGCAACCUUCCAUAGUAUGGUUUUUUUUUAUAUACAUGACAAUUAUUAGUAUUAUGAUGACUUGAAAUUUGAAUAUCUUUGUGAUACAAGUAUGGAUUUUUAUUUAUUUAUGACUAGCAUGGUAUAUAAUAUAAAUAAAAACAAAUGUAAAUAUUUGUACAGAAAAUGGGCAAUAUUUAUACAG